AUGAAGAGGAAGACCUUCCUAAUGAUAUCAUAUGAGGCAGACAGUUCCUCUGAGGAUGAUGCUGAAGCUGAAGCUGAAGAGGUUCGCAAAUGGCAGUGUGUGGUAUGCCUCCGAAAGCGUAGAAGGUUUAUCCUAAGAGAAUGUAGACAUUACUGCAUUUGCCGAACUUGUGCUAGACAUUUUCGGAAACGUAGGGAUGAGGAGGACGAUUCGCCCAGUACUAGGUGCCCUUACUGUCGAACACCCAUAAUGACAUCCCCCAUGGAGGUGAUGUAUUGA